GCCGCGCCGCCGCCUCCCCCGCCGUCGUCCCGCGCGCUGUCAGGCGGCUGUUGGGCGCGAGGCGGUGCGGGCGGAGGGUGCGGCUCCCGGCGGCGGCAGCGGUUGGGCGUCCGGGCGACACCGGCUGCAGCCCCCUCGUGAACAAAGGGGCCAGGGAACCGGGAGCGGCGCUCUGCCAGGAGUCUCCUAGACUUCAGCUUUGCUAAGACAAAAGUUCUGCAAGUAUGACCCCGUCUCAAGUCACUUUUGAAGUAAGAGGACCAUCUGUGACAGGAGAGGUUUUUGCAAUAUGUGGGAGCUGCAAUGCUUUGGGAAAUUGGAAUCCACAGGUUGCAGUAGUCCUCCAAAAUGUUGAUGGUGUAUGGAAAACUACUGUAAAACUUCCUAGAGGAGUUCCUGUUCAGUAUCGAUAUUUUAAAGGGUACUUCUUAAAACCAAAGACUAUCGGUGGUCCCUGCCAAGUCAUAGUUCACACGUGGGAGACUCAUCUACAACCACGAUCAAUAACCCCUUUAGAAAAUGAAAUAACUAUUGAUGAUGGAUGCUUUGGAGUCCAUAAUGGUGUUAAAACUGUGGAUGCUGGGUGGCUGACAUGUCAAACAGAAAUAAGAUUACGUCUGCAUUAUUCAGAAAAACCACCUGUCUCGAUAUCCAAGAAAGAAUUUAAAACAUCAAGGUUUAGAGUAAAAUUGACUCUAGAAGGCCUAGAAGAUGAUGACAAUGAGGAGGAGGAAGAGGACCAAGAUAAAACAUCCUUUCCGUUCCCUCGGAAAAUGGCAAACACCCUGGAGAUCUCCUUAAUAAGUAACAAUGAAUAUAAAUGUCGACACUCUCAGCCAGAAUGUGGUUAUGCUUUACAACCAGAUCGAUGGACAGAAUACACUAUACAAACCAUGGAGCCUGAUAAUUUGGAAUUAAAUUUUGAUUUUUUUGAGGAACACCUAUGUGAGAAAGUAGUACAAGGAGAUGUGCUACCAGGUCAUGUGGCUUCUGCCUGUCUCCUGUCCUCCACAAUUGCAGAGCAGGGAAAGAGUGCUGGAACUCUUACGCUUCCUAUUAUGAGCAGAAUUUCAAGGAAGACAAUUGGAAAAGUUAGAGUGGACUACAUAAUAAUUAAGCCAAUACAAGGGUACACUUGCGAUAUGAAGGCCUCGUAUGCAAAGUAUUGGAAACCAAGAACAACUCUAGAUGUUGGACAUAGGGGAGCAGGAAAUUCUACAACUACGACUAAACUUGCUAAAGUUCAAGAGAACACUAUUGCUUCUCUGAGGAAUGCUGCUAGUCACGGAGCAGCAUAUGUGGAAUUUGAUGUACAUCUUUCUAAAGAUCACGUGCCUAUUGUAUAUCAUGAUCUCACAUGUUGCAUGGCAAUGAAAAAGAAAUUGGAUACUGAGCCUUUGGAACUGUUUGAGAUUGCAGUCAAAGAACUCACGUUUGAUCAACUGCAGUUGUUGAAGCUGGCUCAUGUGACUGCACUGAAAGUAAAAGAUCACAAUGCAUCCUUUAAAGAAGAGGAAAACUUUGAGACCCAGCCAUUCCCUUCUCUGCAGACAGUCCUGGAGUCUGUUUCUGAAGAUGUUGGGUUCAACAUAGAAAUAAAAUGGAUCUGCCAGCAAAGAGAUGGUCAGUGGGAUGGCAACUUGUCAACUUACUUUGAUAUGAACCUCUUUCUAGAUAUAAUUCUAAAAACUAUUUUGCUGAAUGCUGGAAGAAGGAGAAUUAUAUUUUCUUCAUUUGAUGCAGAUAUUUGUACAAUGAUUCGGCAUAAGCAAAACAAGUAUCCUGUGUUAUUUCUCACUCAAGGAGAAUCUGACUUCUAUCCGGAACUUAUGGAUCUUAGAUCUCGUACAACUUCAAUUGCCAUUAGUUUUGCCCAGUUUGAAAACUUACUGGGAAUUAAUGUGCACUCUGAAGACCUACUGAGGAAUCCAAUGUUUAUUGAACAAGCCAAAUCUAAAGACUUAGUUAUUUUCUCAUGGGGUGAUGAUGCAAAUGACCCAGAGAACAGGAAGAAGUUAAGAGAGUAUGGUGUUCAUGGGCUAAUAUAUGACAGGAUAUAUGACUGGAACCCCGAACAACCAAAUAUAUUCCAGGUAGAACAGCUGGAACGUCUAAAGAAGGAGCUACCAGAGUUGAAAAGCUGCGUGUGCCCCUCAGUUAGCCACUUCAAAUCCAUAUCUCUGUGCAAAUGCCGUCACAGCCGCCGGGAGGUGAAGGGCGUAGAUAACCUGAACAGCAUUCACGUGCACAAAGACUGAUCCUGGCAGAAGCUGUUCAGAGCCACUUCGCGUUCCCCACUGGAGCAGUGCUAGCUAUGCCUUCGGGGUGGUGGCUUCGUUUUUGAGUCCCCAAAGAGCAAUAACCAUGUUCCUCCUUCUGACAGUACUUGCUGAGAAUUCCAAUCCUGUUAAAAUGUUCAGCCAGUUAUAGUUAUUGUUCUAGUUUACAUACACAGUUUUAACUUUUCCAUAAUCAGGUCUCAAAUUUUAAAACAAUAUUGGCACUACGUGUUUUAAAAAAAUCAUUAUAAAAUUAGCAAUCUGAGGAGAAGACUCAAACUAAAUUGUAAAUACUAAAUUGUAGAGAAGUUACAAUGAGCUCAUACUGAAACUGCUGAAAAUUGUUUUGGCUUUGAUUUGACUUUAAUCUGACAACAGCAGAUUGAGAGUGAUUGUAUUAUACAUGUAAUUAGAUCUGGCCUGAAUAAAUUGGUACCUCAUAUGCAUGUAUUUGCACUGAUGGAUCCAACUGUACAAAGCUCUGUGCCAUUUUAUAAAUAUUUAUAUAUAUUUUUAAGUAAGCCGCAGUGCACAUUAACUCUUUUUCCCCCUUUGCUGGACAUCUAGGCUGCUGCCGUUGUCCUCUGAUUUGCCAACUGGCCGAGUGGUACAGUGUCUGUUCACAGCAGUGACGGGUGAACCUCAAGCAUAGCUUUUUCAUUAGUCGUACACAGGCCUGCUAAACUCCAGAAACACUGCUAGUAGUUUUUAACGUUAACAAAGUUACAAAAACAUCUUCAGUGGUUAAGAAUCUUUUUUGCACAGUAACUGUAAUAAAAUAAGUACCAUGCACAAACUCUGCGAAAUGCAUGCUUUACUUACUAAGCAUGAAGUGUAAGUGUUUGCUGAGGUCCUUGCAUCUCUACGGUGCUAGUGAAGUGUGAGGGUGCAAGGACUAACUGAACUGCUGCAUCUUCGCCUAAAACCACGAGCCUGUUAUUCACAAACCUUCGAGAAAAGGCAAUACCAUACAGAGUUCGACUUACUUAAAAUAAUACAAGCCACUACUACUUGUAUUUUGCAACACUUGAUUUUCAGAGUACGAAUGUACUGAGUUGAGAUAAUCGGUAUUUUAGUUCGUUGGCUGAUCCCUAUCCUAUGUAAUUUAUUACAAAGUCAUAGUUUAGAACCCUUGAUAGAUACGUAUGCAUGCCCUUUUUCCCCCGAAGUUGCAGGUCAUGCCAACUCAACAGCUGUAACUUUCUACUGAAGUGUUAAUGUAUAAUAAGAAUGGAAAAUAUUUAUUUUUUUCUCUUGUUGUAAAUUGACAAUGAAAACUAUAGCAUAUAUUAUAUUCUUUAUAUACAGUCAUUGCUACAUAGAACUGAUUGUAUAAAGAGUUCAGCCAUUGCAAGAACUUGCUUGGGCCUGCACUGCUGAGCAGUUUGAAACAGCCAGCUUGUUUCAACUUGCCUCGUGCAUUUUAGUAUUUAAACUUCGUUCGUCCUGCACAAACAGCAGAGUAGUCAUUAGGUUUCUGGAAGUUGUCUUUUAUUUAAAAUAAUCACAAACAUAAAAUGAGUUUUAAAACUAA